AUACAUAGAAUAGGAAAUCCAAAGGAAGAAUUCCGAAGUCUAGAUAGGUUUUUAGUGCUGCUAUCAAAAUUCGAUCCGUAGGCAACGAAAGCUCAGUUCAGUUUUCGUUAUACUAAUACAGCGCUCAGUUCGCUCAGUUCAAUUCGAGGGAUAUCGUUACGGAAAUAGAGAAGUUGGUGCAAUCAAUAUGCGGCUGAUGAAAUGUUGCUGCUGCGUAUCGUUGCAAUUCGGGACAAUGCUAUUCGGCUGCAUUUUUGGGCUUAUGGACUUUUAUCUAGGAUCUCUUGGCGUCUAUUAUGUUACCCGUGAUAAGAUGCCACAAGUAUUUGUUAAAUUUUUUGAUAAGAUGGACGCACGGUACUGUGUGUUCUGGUUCUCAGUAAUCUUCUACCUAAUGGCCUUCAGCGAUCUAUUGCUGAUUACUGGAGCAAUGACAGUAUACUCAUGUAUGCCAUGUUAGUGGUGAACUCCUUCUAUGACGAGCUGACAAAUUGAUUGCAUCAAAUGCUGUGAUUCUGAGCAAACAAAUUCAAGGUAUACAUGUAUUGGAAGUGACGUCAUGUGAUCGUCAACCUAGGAGCCUGGGACAUAGGGAGCAAACGAGAGGGACAGAGAGGAAGGCGAAGGCGAGAUUGUGUAGGGAACUCGAUUUUAGACCGAUGACAAAACGCUGCAGAGCUUCUUUAAACAGGAUUAAGGGAUAAUGAAACUGCACAUUUUUAAAAUGCCGUCAAUAACUGCGAUUAAGACUCAUUAAAAAUCCAUUAAACUCGAUAAUAAAGAACGGCGCAAGAGGCAAGAAUUAAAAAACAAAAAUACCAAAAACAAAAA